CACACGUCAUGAUAAAUCAGCAACAGCGGCUUACGAUACUCGUUGCUGGUAUAACUUUAACAUUAGAAAGGAAUUAAUAUAUACAGGAAAAAAAUAAAAAACAUUAGACUACUUUGUGUUAAAAUGUACAAAAUAUAAAUAAAGUGUAGUGAAGUGACUGAGACUAAAAAGUGAAGUGUAGUUAGUGUGCGGGAUGUCGAGCGCGCGGCGCGGUGUGGCCUACACCAUUGACAGUAUCCUCGGCCAUCGAGUCCCUAACAACGAUGGCGUGGAUAUGAAAAGCGAGAGCGUGCACUCAGACUCCGAGCAUGAACACGAGCAUGAUCAUGACCACGAGCAGGGUCAGGAGCGCGAACCGGACAUUGACCCGAGCGCAGAACACACUGACCAUUUGGACAUGGAUGCCAAUAGACCACGCAAGCAGGUACGUCGCAGCCGGACCACGUUCACAACCUACCAGCUGCAUGAGCUGGAACGCGCCUUUGACAAGACGCAGUACCCAGAUGUCUUCACGCGCGAGGAACUUGCACUACGGUUGGAUCUCAGCGAGGCGCGAGUACAGGUGUGGUUCCAAAACCGUCGCGCAAAAUGGCGCAAGCGAGAAAAGGCUUUAGGGCGCGAACAUGCUCCUUUCCUGCAUCAUGAUCAUGGAGAAUGGGGCGGCGCCAGCGCACCAGGUGGUGAAUGGUGGUCGCUUGGACUCAGCGCAUUGCCUCCUGCACCUUUGUGGCCCGAACCAGCAUUAGCUGCAUUACUCCAUAGGUACGUCCUUCGUCUGCCGCCACCCGCCACUCACUCUCCAGUGCCACGUUCUCCGUCUCCGCUUCGAUCUCCACCCCGCUCGCCGCUCCGCUCAGUUGGUACAGCCAGCGCACUAUCCGUUCCGCCAGAUGCGUUGCGGCUUUUACAUGAACGGUAUAAUCGCGUCCACACAUAACACCCGCACUCUGGCGCUUCUGAGACCGCCUCUAGGUAGACAACAUGAAGACACGAUAAUACAUAAUCAUCAUAAAACAUUUUAAUAAAUAAUUGUGUCUAAAGAUAAGUAACUGGUCACAAUUUACAGUUCUAUUACAUAUGUCUAAAAUAGAUUUAUAAUUUUUCAUACAAUUUGGAAAUUUACGGCAAAGUUUUAUAUCUCAUGUUACGUGUGCCUUAAUAAAUUCUUCAACUUUUCAUUUGAGAUCUCAAUUCGUGAUUGUGUAUAUUGUGAUGACCAUUAGUUAUUAAUUAAGAUUGCUAAUAGGUAAGUUACAUAACUAUGUUAUAAAUUUAAAGUUUAAGAUGUAUAAAUUGAAGUUGUAAAUAUUGUAAAUUUUAUUAUAGUAUGUUUUUAAGUAUGAUUCAUAAAAUUUCAGAUGUACGACCACAAAAUUUUAAACACUUCAUUCUAACUUGAUUAUGAAAAAUUAAACUUAUUUUAUACUGACACAAAACUAAAACAGGCGUUUUUGAAUGUUCGAAUCGUCCGUAUUAAAUAAUUUAAAUAAUAGAUUGUAUUGUAAAUAUAUUACAGAAUGAAUUGUUUGACAAAAUAAUUUCGUACUUAAUCUGCUUAGGUUACACAAAACUAGCGUUCAAAUUCAUAUUUCAAGAACUGCUUAAGAAUUUAAAACACAUUUUCGAUGUCCGAAAUUAGAUACGAGAUACCCUAGUCAUGAACGCAUGGCUACUAGCCACAGAUAAGACGUGUAAACGAAAAAGUCUUACAAUGAAAAUAUAGUACGGCUGUCAUUAUACAUAUUUGUUUUACUGCUAAUUUAGUGUUUAUCUGAAAGCUAUAAUAUGUUCUUUAAUUUACGUAAAGAAGAUAAUUUCUUUUAAUUGAGAAUAAUUGUAAAAUAUCUCUUGUGUUUGUAGAUGUCUCUAAUAUUGUCAUAAUAGUUGUAAGAAUAAUUAAUUUAUUAAAGUAGACACGUAGCGGGUUUGCAAUAACUGUAGCACUUUCAAUAUAUUAGUUGCAAAA